AUGAUCGCUGAUGACAGCGGCGAUGAUCUUGGAACUACUGAUCCGAGAAGGGCUACAGGUGGAUCUAGUUCUGGCACACAGCAGUACCCACCCCAUUUUUCAUCGUUGGACCUGGAUGCCAUGAGGCAGGACGAAAAUCCUGUGCAGGCCUCUGGAUUUGGCGCUAGAGAUACGGAAGGGUCUGCCGGUAUGACGGAGUUCCAGGUUGGCCAACAAUUUCAGGAUAAAGAUGAGGCGCUGUUGAGUGUGAAGACUUACAGCAUCCGCCGAGGGGUCCAGUACAAGGUCGUUGAGUCUGACUACCGCAGUGCUGAUGCUGCCGUCAACAUCAAGGUGCUUCAAAAUGCCACGGCCGCACACUUUGGGUUCAGGCCUACGUACAGGAGGGUAUGGAUGGCGAAGCAGAAGACCGUUGCCGUCAUCUAUGAGGAAUGGGAUGAGUCGUAUAACGAGCUCCCUCGGUGGGUGUUAGGAGUUCAGCUGACGAUGCCUGGCACUGUAGCAGUCCUCAGGACUUGCCCUGUUCGAGUUGGGGCACAGCAUGACGAGUCUCAGGCUUAUUUUCAUAGGCUGUUCUGGACUUUCCCCCCUUGUAUCGAGGCAUUCCGUCAUUGCAAGCCGUUGGUGAGUAUUGACGGCACCCAUCUAUAUGGCAAGUAUGGGGGAACGUUGCUAGUCGCGAUUGCACAGGACGGAAACUCCAACAUACUCCCCGUGGCAUUUGCACUAGUUGAGGGUGAGAAUGCUGAGUCAUGGUCUUUCUUUCUCUCCCACCUCCGUGAGCACGUGACACCUCAGCCGGGUCUGUUAGUUAUUUCAGAUAGGCAUAACGGCAUCAUGGCAGCGCUCGAGGCUCCCGAUGGGGGAUGGCUACCUCCGGCUGCAUACCGGGCGUUCUGCAUUCGACACGUUGCAGCGAAUUUCGCCCUGACCUUCAAAGGAAAAGAUGCCCGGAGGCUUCUUGUUAACGCCGCAUAUGCGAAGACCGAAGUGGAGUUUGACUACUGGUUUGACAUUCUGCGCUCUGAGAAUCCGACAAUGUGUGACUGGGCGAACCGAAUUGAGUAUUCGUUGUGGACACAGUACUGUGAUGAGGGUCGGAGAUUCGGGCACAUGACGACCAAUAUUUCUGAGUGUGUCAAUUCAAUCAUGAAGGGGGUAAGGAACCUCCCUGUUUGCUCGCUGGUGAAGGCCACAUACGGAAGGCUGGCUGAGCUAUUUGUCCGUAAGGGUAGGGAGGCCGAGGCUCAGAUGGGUACCGGACAACAAUUCAGUCAAUUCAGGGUGACUGUUUAUGACAGGGAUAACUCGGAGUACACCGUGAUAGAGACGACUCCGACAGGUUCAUUCUCACUUGGUACCUACAGGCCUUACGUCCACCAGGUCUAUCGCCUUAGUUCCGUUUUCGGUGUCUAUCAGAUGGGAUUUACACCUCCCAUUCCGGAGGGUUUCUGGCCACCUUAUGCCGGACCUACCGUUAUACCGGAUCCGAACAUGAGGCGUGCGAAGGAGGGUCGUCUAAGGUCCACACGCAUUCGCACCAACAUGGAUGAUGCAGAUCUGAACCGGCCAAAGAGAUGUGGCCUCUGCAGGCAGCCAGGACACACUCGUCGGAGUUGUCCGCAAGCCGGACGACCCACCGGGACAGCUGGGAAUUAA